AUGUCACAACCACGCCCGGCUCACGAAGCCCGGCACCGGACCCGGCGCUCAUCAGAUCGGGCCAUUCCCAUCGUCGGAAGACCACAGAUUUCCCGGCCGUAUCUUCUCGAAUGGAGUACACAAAACUGUCGACAGAAAGAAUUACUCAAUGUUGAGGAGUUUCAAGAAGAGAUGGUGGCAGUGGAAAGGCCCGGUUGGCGGAAGUUGGCUAUUGUAAGAGGUGAAUGCGAUAUGGGUGUUCUAUUAGGCAUGGAGUUGGAUAGGAAAAGGAGAGGAUGGGUUUGGGAGUUCCCUGAGACUGAGAUAAGAAAACGGAAACCGGAUGAGGAGGACGGCGACACGAAAGAGAAAGAUGACGAAGAUGAGUCUGAUGAGGAUGAAGGGAUCAGAAUAUGUCGUGCAUCUCUCAUGGUCAAGGAUCAACUCCCUAUUCUUCUCCUCGAUGGUCUUCCGUUUAGAAUAUCCUCACGGCCUUAUCGACACUCAAGAGUACCAAGUACUACUCGCCCAGACGGCAAAACAUCAGGUAAACGUCCUCCAGAGCGAUCUGGCCUGGAAGAUUCCCUCUGGCAAGCCCUCAUCGACAUUCGCCCGGUAGAGGAUCUAGUCGCAGAGCUUAUCUACGACAUGUGGCUCCAGAAACUAGACUCAUUACCACCUCUUGGAUCUGAUUCUGUGGAUGUCCAGUGGACUAUCGCGCGAGCCCUUGAAACCAAUGCAGAUAUCACCAGAAGCAUGGAGCGACGAGGAGAGUUCAGUACCAUUACGUCCGCAGACUGGUCGGAUCUUGCGGAACGUCUGCAUAGACGCAUACAUCUCUCUGUUACAGUUGCCCUCCAAGUACAUGCUCAAGAAGCUCAAAAGGACCCCAAAGAUUCCAACUCCAGAAGUCUAGAUCGAAUAGCAUAUCUAGGAGGUCUGUUGCUACCCCUGACUGUUGUAUCGGGGAUAUUGUCGAUCGAGAGUUCAUAUGGCCCUGGGGGCAAGUCAUUCUGGGUGUUCUGGCUUGCAUCGGGGCUUUCUUCUCUCCUUGCGAUCCUCAUCAUUUAUGCAGAUCACCUGCGAACAUUGGAUGUAUGGAUGGAGGUUGCUGCAACAGAGAUUCUGGACUUGGAUCACAAUAAGCGGUUCCAAGCGAAUAGGACACCGCGCCGAAGAGAAUACCAUAGCGGUGGUGAUCCAGAGCGUGGGGAAGCAAAGUUGACGACAGCGUCGGAUGGAGGCGUGUAUGUUGUGCAGCAUAGGGGAGAUGGGACGAGAGGCAGAGCAUGGAGAAGAGGAGAACUAGGUUGGGUUGGUGCGAUGAAGAAGAUGUCCGGAUGGUAUAGAUGGAGGGGAAGUCCAGGUAUAGAGUUCAUGAUGCCUGGUUGGGAGAGGAAAGUAAAGAACUUGGUGUGGUGA